UCACCGAGCGUCUUCAAACCCUCCACGACUUGUCAUUCUUCCCGGCUUUCUAUCCCAAAUGAGAGGACAGCUGUUUUACAGCCAUCAGAACAUUUCCAGCCUUAUCUGUCAGUCAUUUCUCUCGGGCAUGUAAGGGCUCAUCUCCGAUUUUAUGAGGUCGCAGAAUCAGCUGAUUCCACAAACAGCACUCCCUGACAUGCAUAUGAUAUUCGAAUUUCUCAGGGUCUCUUAACUUGUCGUUAACCAUGUUUACCACCUGCUGCAGCCUCCCCGAACUCCCAGUCGUGUCUCUGGCACGUUUCUUUGCGUUCUCAGCUGCCGCUUACGGCUUAUAUGUUCUGCUGUAUCGGGUCCUGCUGUAUCCUCGCUUUUUCUCUCCACUCCGUCACGUCCCUGGCCCUCCUCUCGGAAAUCCCCUUCUGGGCCACUAUCUCACUAUCGUGAAAGAGGAAACCUGCAUCCCCCAAAAGCAAUGGGUUGCCGCCUAUGGACCUUUCGUUCGAUUCACCGGCUUAUUUGGGGACGAACGGCUCGUCGUUCUGGAAACCCAAGCUUUGAAAGAGAUACUCGUGAACGAUUGGUUGGAUUACCCCCGCCCUCAAUUCAUGCGAGACGUUCUCGGGCUUGUGGCGGGGUAUGGUCUUCUGACAAUCACAGGCGACGAACACAAGUCAUUGCGCAAAGCUAUGAAUCCGGCUUUCUCCAUCGCCAAUCUUAUGGCUCCACCAAAUUACGAAGACUCAUGGUCUGGAAGCCUCGUAACCCUUCUCUCUCAAGAAAUUGAGCAGGAACCUGCUGCUGCCGAUGGCAAAGUGUUCAUGGUCUAUGAAUGGAUGGGGAAAGUCACCUUGGACAUUAUUUGUGAUACGGCCUUCGGAUACGAACCUGACUGUCUGCACAAUCCACACAACGAAUUAGCGGUCGCUUUUGAAGGCCUCCUCUCACUUCAGUCCGGAGUCAACCUCGCGAAGCUCAUCGCAGUCAUAGCAAUCCCGGGCGUCAAGACACUGCUGACGACUGAUUGGAUGUUUGAGCACCGUCAUCUAAUCCGAUACAUCCCUUUCCUCUCAGCGCUGGACACGCUUGUCGGAACUUUGCACACGAUCCGUCGAAUCUCUCGGGAGCUUUUACUGGAGAAAACGACAGAUCUCAGUGUGUCGCCGGAUGACACCAGCACCAAGAAGGAUAUCAUGUCUCUGCUUGUUCGUCAGCGAAAGGCAGAAUUGGAUGCCAAUCCCCGGGCCGAUGCGAUGUCUGAUAGGGCCAUGGUCGAUCAAGUUCUGACCUUCCUUGCUGCUGGACAUGAGACCACUGCCACCGGAAUCACCUGGACUCUCUGGCUUCUAGCCAAUGAUCCAGCGAGCCAGCACAAACUUCGCGAAGAAGUAACUCACAUCUAUGCUUUGAAUCCUCGUCCAGAUUACCGCACGCUGAAAAGUCUGACUUGGCUGGACUGUGUCGUGAACGAGGGACUGCGCGUUCUUCCGCCUGUUCCACUGACAAUGCGCAAGGCAGCAAAGACCGACUAUGUUGCGGGUGUGUUAGUGCCGGAAGGUACUGUCAUCCAGUUCCCGAUCCGAGUCAUCAACACUUGGAAACAAGUAUGGGGCGAAGAUGCCGACGAGUUUCGCCCAGGUCGCUGGCUCGACUUGCCUAAAGCUUACAACGCGACAUUUUCCCAAUUCUCAUUUAUCGCCGGCCCCCAUGGUUGUAUCGGCAAAACAAUGGCAGUAAGUGAGAUGAAGGCGGUUAUAAGUGCCUUGGUCUAUAAUUUUGAGUUCAGUCCUGCGUACUCGGGACAGAUCGCGCAUCCAGCAGCCGCUAUCACAAUGAGGAACUUUGAGCCUCCCGGCUCUAAAGCAUUGCGAGACUAUGUACAAGAAUUCGACGAUAGGGUAGAUCCGAAUAAGCGGGAGCUCAUGAGGCUGCGACAGCUCGAGAAACAACAACUGAAUCUGACGGACACCUUCACUCCGCCUGCUGCUCCACCACCCAAGCCUAAGGGUCCGAAAUGUUCUGUGUGCUUCAAGCAUAUCCAGGUUUCCGUCAAUCCAUGGCAACUUGCCAAGACUGAACGCAUGAUGGCGGAGCUCUCGGAUGACUCUGGCGACGAGGAGGAAGGUGAUCGACAACCCCGCGUACCCCGCAAGCCUGUUCUCCAUGGAAUGCAACUUGCAACUUGCAAGCACUACUUCUGUGGGGCAUGUCUGGCUCAAGCGAUAUACCAUCGCCUCAACAUAGCCUUUGAUCCUGCGCUCUAUGGGACGGCAUUGAAAGAGAACAAGCUCGCGGAACCAGGUAGACGCGCAGACUUUCCGAUAUCAUGUCCCACGUGUCAAGUCAAGCCUGGGGAAGAGGCCGUCGAAAUCAGCGACGUAACGGCUCGUCUGGUGUUGGGCCAAGACAAUAUGGACGAGUGGAAUCACGCGCGGUUCUUGUCCUCGCUGAAUCUCAUUUAUUGCCCGCAUAAAGGAUGCGACGAGUGUUUCGAUGCGGAUGAUGUGGCCCCUGCUCCCAGCGGUGUGGAACAUGCUGAUACGUUGGUCCAAUGCCCACGCUGUCGAGGCUCACUUUGCAAGGCUUGCAAGUCUUUGUGGCACGAGAAUUUGACGUGCCAGGCGUAUCAAGCAUUGCCAAUCGCAGAGCGUGCUCCCGAGGACAUCGCAUUCGCCAAUCUGGCCGAGCAGGAAAAGUGGCGACGUUGUCCAAAAUGCUCGGCUAUGGUCGAGCUCAAGGUGCGUUCGGCUGCAAUCAUAUCACUUGCAUCUGCAAACACCACUUCUGCUACACUUGUGGCGCUGACUUUGAACACGACAAAGGGAAAUAUCGUUGUAAAGGAGACCAGCACGGGAGGCGAUCACUGUCUCUCCCUCCCCGGAAUCUCUAACCUUGUCGCGAUGUUGAAGAGGUACAAGGCCUUCAUGAAGAAUGAAGGUCACUUUGCUCCCCCAGGCGCGCAAGCCUUGCAAGACUUUGUCAGUGUUUAUGAUCAACAGCGCCAAUGGGUGCGCCAGACGCAGGCGGCCCUCGUCGAGAAGCAACGCGUUUUGACAGAAGAAGAAGAAGCACAACAAGCAGAGGCUCGUGCAGUUUUGGAAGCCUUGGGAAGAGAGAGCGAAGAUACACUUCGGGGCACGCAAGAUUCGGGGUCGUCUGUUAGCGGUACGUCCCAACCAGCCGUGCAGCGUAUCCUGGCCUCAUAA